CAGAGGGAAGCUACGUUGGUGGCCAGGACAAAGUGGGCUGCUGGGUGACUGGAUUAAAAAACAGAAGUCCCUUCAUGGUCUCCUUUUUCUGAUGAUAAAUAAGAAGAUUGUGUUCUCUUCUGCAGGACUCCUGAUCUUCUGACAUUCCACCCAGUCCUGCUCUAUUUCCCCAAGAAGUAUUGUAUAGAGAAGGUGGGUUAUAACUGAGAGUGGCGACAUGAGCUACCGUUCUGCUGGGAUGGGUGCCUCCUGCCACCAUGGGGAAUCCAAUUGCACAAGGACGUUACAGAACUCCAUGUCCUCCAAGAGCUUCAGGCUGAUGGACCCAUCUUUCCACCCCCCGACUCAUGCCUCGCACCUGGAGCACCCUCAUUCCCUACCUACAGUGGAUGUUCCCGACCACGCCCACUACAUCAUUGGCUCCGUUAUCCUCGUAGUCGGCAUUACCGGAGUGGUGGGUAAUGCCCUGGUGGUUUAUGUUUUCUGUCGCAGCCGCACUCUGAGAACCCCUGGCAACAUCUUUGUGGUGAACCUGGCGGUGGCUGACUUCUUAAUGUCCCUGACCCAAGCCCCCAUUUUUUUUGUGGCCAGCCUGCACCGGCGCUGGAUUUUUGGGGAGCGUGCCUGUGAGCUCUAUGCCUUCUGUGGGGGCCUCUUUGGCAUCUGCUCCAUGAUGACCCUGACAGCCAUUGCUGCUGACCGUUGCUUGGCCAUCACUCGGCCACUGGCUGUCCUGGGCAGGGUGAACCGACGACGGGUGGGGGCCAUCCUCGGAGUGCUGUGGAUUUACUCCUUGGGCUGGAGCCUGCCGCCCUUCUUCGGCUGGAGCGCUUACGUGCCCGAGGGGUUGCAGACGUCCUGCAGCUGGGACUACAUGAGCUUCACCACCUCUGUGCGUGCGUACACCAUCCUUCUGUUCGUCUUUGUCUUCUUCAUCCCGCUGAUCAUCAUCGGCAGCUGCUACCUGGCCAUCUUCCGUGCCAUCCGUGCAGCCCGGCGAGAGGUAGAGGAGCUGGACUGUGGGGAGUCACACAAGGCCUAUGAACGCAUUCAAAGCGAGUGGAAGAUGGCCAAGGUGGCGCUACUGGUCAUCCUGCUCUUUGUCAUCUCAUGGUCACCUUACUCAGUGGUGGCACUUACCGCCACAGCUGGCUACUCCCACCUGUUGACACCCUAUAUGAACUCGGUCCCUGCUGUGAUUGCCAAAGCUUCUGCUAUCCACAAUCCCAUCAUCUAUGCCAUCAUUCACCCCAAAUACCGUGUGGCCAUUGCCCACUAUGUGCCGCUGCUGCGGUCACUCCUUCGGGUGAAGCCCAAGGCCCUCCGCUCCUCCUUGAGUUCAGGGAGCAGCACCUCGUCUCGCCGGCCCACACUCACCAGUCAGUGCUCGCUUGCCAUUGUUGCCUGUACCAAUCCUCACUGGGGCAAGACCCGACUCUCCUCUGCGUCUGACACGGACUCCUGCUGGACCGAGAGCGAAGCUGACGGCUCAAGUGUCAGUUCCUUCCCGUUUGUCCGCCAAGUAUCUACAGAGAUCUCCACCGACACAGCCAUACCCCUGACUCAACCUGGAGCAGGGCUGAGAGGAGGAGCGGCUAAUGAUAAUGCCAGGGCCUUCAAUAUGGCCCCUUCUUCCGGAGGAGCGGAGGCAGAGCUGAUGGAAGCAGGGGACCAGUCUGAUGGCAAAGUUUUCCUCCUGUCUGGGAACUAAGAUCUUUAAGUGCAGUGAAAGGGAACUGCGUGCUUUUUGUAUUCCUAGCGCCUUGACCAU